AUGCUUGAAGAAAGUGCAAACCGAGGCGGGGCCGACUUGCGGGACCUGAUUGAACCUGUAUGGACCGGUACAGUCGCGUACAGAGGAUUGAUUUCGGUAGGCCGCCUUGUCGGUGCUAAUGGUGAGCAUCGGACGAUUGGGACACCUAUGAUGUACUGUGGAAAAGGCAAGGCAGGUCUUUCACAUCCCUGUGCGACAGGGAGCGUGGUCAAUGUAGUCGCAUUUGUCUCUCAGCUAGAGAAGGAAGGGACACCUUACGGCGGCCCGUGGGUUGAAGAUUGUUCUAAACAAGAGCUGCUUGACUGUUACGCUGGCUGGGAACCAGAAGUCGCUGAAUUAUUAGAGCAAAUCCAGGAGCCGACACGAUGGGCCAUCCAUCACCUUCGUCCACUCCCUAUGUGCGUCGCGGGAAAGGUCGUUCUCCUAGGUGAUGCAGCCCAUGCAAUGAGUCCACACCAAGGUGCGGGUGCCGGACAGGCCAUCGAGGUACAAGCGACCAUUGAACGUGGAUCUAUCAGCACGCAUCGCUAA